CUUUGUUUACCCCUAUCUACGUUCCUGCGUUUGGAGUAAACAUGUCAGCGCACGACUAGGAAUGUUAACGAAUUGCGGUCGUGACGAUAUCGUAUUGGCUGCCAGCCACUCAUUGCUCUAGCGCUACACGGCGUAGGGAAAUACAACGGCAAACCUACGAUCGGACGCCCAGGACAGGGGAGGUCGGGAGGCGUAUGGCCAUUUGCUAUUUCAACAAGAGAAGAACCUCGGCUCACCCCAGGUAUCCGGAAGGGAUCUAGAUCGAGUUGAUCGACAGCGAGGGCCGUCCAAAUGCCGAGAGCGUGCAGGCGCUGCAAAGUUGCAUCGGGAAGAGAAGGGCCGAGACCACAGGAGAGACCUUGCCUGGCGCCUGAGGGCUUCUAUAAAAUUGACGUCAAUCGCAUGCCAUCGCAUGUUCUGAGCACUUCAUCUAAGGCGAGGCGCCUGACGUAUUGCCGCACGCGCUCUGCAAACUCCUCGUUACAAGAAGCCUGUCGAGUAGCUAUAGCGAGGGCCGGUCCGAACCCCGCGCGUGUUGCUCUUCCGGACGCCUGAGGAUGGCAGCGAUGUUCUGGUGGGCAGUAUGUUGCCUCGCGCUUAUCCGUGCCGUAGCUCCGGCACCUAUGGAACCGAGAGCUCCACCUUGCCCCGAAACAACUCGGGCAGCAUUGGACGCCAUGAUGGCUCUCUACAACUAUACAACAGGCCUUUGGGAUCCUAACAAUCCGGGGUCGUCGUGGUGGCAGAGCGGCGUCGCGCUAUACACGCUCGUGAACUAUAUGAUUCUAACCGGGGAGCGCGACUAUCUCCCCCAGGCGCUCAAUACCGUUGAAAUCCAGCGCCAGCCGUUACCCUGGUGGCCGGACGGGGGCGGCGAGUUCCGCGCCGACAGCUCCGACGACACGGGGUGGUGGGCGCUUGCGCUGGUGAGCCUAUACGAGCUCACGGGGGACAGCCAGUACCUCGAAAUCGCCAAGCUCGACGAGGAGUACAUGUACUGGUACUGGAACACCACGACGUGCCGUGGAGGGCUCAUCUGGGAUAUCCGGACACGGACCUACCACAACGCGAUCAGUAACGAGCUGUACCUGGAGCUGACGGCGAAACUCCACAACCUCAUCCCCGGCGACUCUGUCUAUCUCGAGCGCAGCCUGCAGGAGUGGGAUUGGUUCAGCAGGAGCGGCAUGAUUAACGGCGAGAACUUAAUCAACGAUGGGCUGACGAGGGACGACGCGUGCGUCAACAACGGGGACUCUAUCUGGACCUACAACCAGGGCGUGAUCCUGGGCGGGCUGGUCGAGCUCUGGCGCGCGACGGGCGACGUAUCGUACCUGGAGACGGCGCAGCGGACCGCCAACGCGGUGCUGGCCAGCGAAUCGCUCGUGCGGAACGGCACGCUGACGGAGGAUCCGUGCCGCACGAUCGAGGAGUGCGAGCCCAACGGCACCGCCUUCAAGGGCAUCUUCGUCCGCGAGCUGGCGAAGCUCAACCGAGUGCUCGCCGGCCGCCCGUACAGCGCCUUCAUCGAGCAGAAUGGGGCGACGGCGUAUGCCUACGCGCGCAACGGGUCCGACUUCUACGGGUUCUUCUGGCAGGGCCCGUUCGACGCCGUGACGAUCGGCACCCAGGCCGCCGCCGUGGACCUCCUGGUGGCCGCGUUGUGACGGCGACUCUAGUCUGCUCACUCAUACUUGGCUGCCUACAGAUCGCCCCAGGAUCGGAUCGCUCUCGUGGGCUUCCCCCCGCUUAAGGGGGAGAUAAGGUUGGAGGCUGGGUUGAAGCUGUGCAGGCGGAUGUUUACGAUCCCUGAUAUAUAUAUCUCACCUCUUUAUACGCUUGUCUAUAUCUGCUGUAGAUACAUAUACAGUUACAUGAGCCCGGGACCAAAUCUCUGUGGCGCGGAUGGGGCGAUAUCGUCUCGGAUAAGUGCUACCAUAGACGUAUUUUUUCUAGAAUAUACACUCGCCGCCUAA